GUCUUGGAUUCGUGGGCGGCGGUGACGUUAUGCCGCUACAUCUUCCAACUGUGAUGCUUUGCUUACAAGUAGUUCUUGCAGCGGUUAGGGAUAAGGAAGAAAUUGGCAGCCCGCGGAGUUAAUAUGGGGAAGCAAUGAACCCCCCCCCGCGCGCGCGCGCUUUCCUUUGGCCGAUUUGGUCUGCCGGACUGAGUGGAGAACUCAACCUGAGCGAAUAAACCCUCCUUUCCUUCAGCUUCGCCCUGACGGCUCCCGAGCAACUUACAGAAUUCAGAAUUCACAGGCGAAAACUGCAAGGAGGCUUUUCAAUUACAGGCAGGCAUGUUCGAGGAAAUCCUUUCGAAGUAUCGCUUGCAUAAUAUGAUUUACUGCUGCUCAGAGCUGUGAUAAUUUCUAUCCAGAAUAGUGUAAAAAAAGGACUUCUUGGAUGACCCUGGUGGAGAUGAGGAAUGCAGCCUUGGUAGGAGUUUUGCCUUCGUCGUUCUUCCUUUUAGUUCAUUAGCCACAGGAAUGCCUCCUGACAAGUCCCUGCACUUUUCUUAUCAAGAUUUUAGAAGUGGCUUGUGAUUGUCUUCUUCACAGAGCUGAGAGAGACUGCUGACACUUAGAACUCACAGUGUCCCGAUUUCUAGCCCUGUGCCUUAGAUGCUAAACUGGUAGUCUUGCAUCUUAGUUGUUCAUAGGGGCUUGGCAACUCAAUGAUGGGUGCAUGGUGACAGGUAAAAGGAAACAUUUAAAUGAUGACGGCUAUUCUGGAACGGAUCAGCACUUUGUCCAUCAGUGGACAACAACUCCGUCGACUUCCUCAGCUCUUGGAAGAAGGCUUUCCCAAGAUGCCUUGCACAGUUAAAGAAUCUGAUGUGCCCCAACUUUUCAGGGAGCCUUAUAUCCAAGCUGGCUAUCGCCCCAUAGGUCAGGAUUGGCGCUAUUAUUUCCUCAGCCUCUUCCAAAAACAUAAUGAGGUUGUUAAUGUCUGGACUCACCUUCUGGCUGCUUUGGCAGUGCUGCUGAGAUUUAAUGUUUUUGCUGAAGCAGAGGGCUUAUCUCUGGAGAUCCGCUCCUUACCUCUCUUCAUCUUUGUCCUUUCCUCUGUUACAUAUCUGACAUGCAGCCUCUUAGCUCAUCUCUUGCAGUCCAAGUCAGAGAUAUCACACUAUAGUUUCUAUUUUGUGGAUUAUGUUGGCGUCAGCAUCUACCAAUACGGAAGUGCCCUGGCCCAUUUCUACUACAGCUCUGACCAAGCCUGGUAUGACAAAUUUUGGCUUUUCUUCUUGCCAGCAGCUGCUUUCUGUGGGUGGCUGUCAUGUGCUGGCUGUUGCUAUGCCAAGUACCGCUACCGGCGCCCAUAUCCCAUCAUGAGGAAAGUAUGUCAAGUGAUCCCAGCGGGGUUGGCAUUCAUCUUGGACAUCAGUCCUGUGGCUCACCGUGUGAUUAUGUGCCACCUUGAAGGCUGUGAGGAGUUGGCUGCUUGGUACCACACCUUCCAGAUACUUUUCUUCCUAGUCAGUGCUUAUUUCUUCUCUUGUCCAGUUCCUGAAAAAUAUUUCCCUGGGUCCUGUGAUAUUGUUGGUCAUGCCCACCAAAUUUUUCACACAUUCCUUGCUAUUUGCACGCUCUCACAAUUGGAAGCCAUCUUCUUGGAUUACAAGAACAGUCAAGAUAUCUUAUUCAGGCGACAUGGAUCUCUUUCCAUCAUCCUGUCUUGUGGCUCUUUUUUUGGCUUAGUUGCUUGCAGUGCUGUCACUGCACUCCUACUGCAGCGCAAAAUCAAGGAGGAACUGGCCAUAAAGGCAUCUUGAGAGACUGACAUAGAAACAGGGUUCAGUCCUGAUGUGCUUGAAGAAAACUAGGAAGAGGGAAGUUUACUCAAGUACUGUAUAUAAGUAAAUUAACCAAGUGGUUUUCCUCUAUAAAUUAUAAUCAAGGAAUUGAUUACAGGUCAACACUAAUUUAUUAUACCUGCCUUAUGCCCUAAACAUUUUUACUAACUGUACCUAUUGCUGGGCAAAGGGCAUUUAGAAUACUUAAUUGAAGAGUUAUAAAGGCAGAUUUUUCUAAAUGGUCUUACUCUUACUUAUUUAUAGAAAUUUGUAUUAUGUGAAAGAGGAUACUGUAACUAACUAGAAGAGUAGACUAUUGCCAUUGACUUGCACAUCUGUAAAGCUCUUAUCUCAUUGGUAAAGGAACUGUGUGGGUUAUAUUACUUCAGAAUAUAAAUGGGGAUGGGGUCACAUAAGAGAGAAAAAGAUUCCUUAACACAUUGGGUCAAAGUCCUUAGUUUACUAGUUUAUAUGUAGGGAUUUUUUUUUCAUGUUAAAUCAUAAGACUCAUUACUUGCAAUCUGAAAUGAUAUAGAGUAGUCAUGUUUAUGACUUCAGAGAUGAUUAAAACAAAGCUUAUGGAGAAGGUUGACAUAAUGCUGAUAGUCUUGUUCAGUUGGUUUCAUUUUAUCUGUGACCUUGAAACCACUGGUACCUAUACAGCUCAAGUAGUGCUGAUUCUUCCCCCAAGUUAUAAGCUUCAGAAAUAGUAUGGUGGUAGAAUACCAUUCAUAAUUUGAUAGCUGUCACCUGUUUAUCAUUCAAGCCCAGGUUAGCUGAAGCAAAGAAGGGUAGGAUUCUCAAAGGUAGCAGAAGUUAAUAGCCCUACUAUUCCCUUUGUAUACAUGCAAAGGUUUUUGCAGUGCAAACAGUUGUUCUCCUUUGGAUAACUAUCUCUCCACUGAGGUUAGUAGUGAUCAAGCAGAACAGGAGAUGUUUGUUGCCUUUAAGGUGAUGUUUUGUGCUUUCUCAAUGAAUCUACAACAUAUUUUCAGAAGAGUUGAAGCCUCCUCAGAUCUUAGUACUUCAAUUUCCUUCAAGUAAGUUGUGCUAUAAAGUUAUCUACAAAUUUAGAUAAUCCCUUUUCAAUGCUGGGAAUCUGCCCUGCUUUGUGCCCUGCCCAGUUCCUGACAUUCCCCCCACAAUCUCACACACACACACACACACACACACACACAUCACAUUCCAGAUUAUUUGCAUCUUUCCUAUUCUAAGAUAUUUCAGGUAGGACUGCAGCUUCCCUCUGUGCCUCCUGAAGAAUUUUGGGAUAUCAAAAACAGGAAGAGGAGUACAACUAUCAAUGGAAUAAAAUAAAGCUUCAGGAAAAUCAAUCAGGAUUUCUCCUGAAAGAAAUUAAAGGCCACCGGUUGGUCUGCUAAGCAUGCUAUUUUACCAUUUUAACACUGAUUAGCAUCUAUGACUAUAAAUAUAUCUAGUGUUUUUCAUGUUUGUUGUCCAUAAAGACUCUAUUCUUCCUAAUUCAUUUCUGCAUGCCUUCACUCAUAUUUUUGGCAAAAUGUUAGUUUUCCUGGUCCCUUCUGGAUUUUAGAUAUCAUGUCAUUCAAACAAAUCCAUUCGAGACUUUUACAACCUGAAUGCUAUUCUGGCAACCAAGAUAAGAGUACAGUAUUUCUUCCCUGUUUGAGCACCAAGUUAAAUAAUUAAAGAAGGAUCGGUUUUAUUGUAAAAAAGUAUUAUAUGAAUAAGUACCAUGCCAUUGUACCAACAGCACAUUUUCCUAACCACAGUUUUAUUUGUCUUCUCAUCAGUAGGAGUCCAGUUGAGUUGUGCUUUGAGUCUUGUGUGGCUUUUAACUUCUGAACUUCUAUUUCCUUUCUUCCAAACACAAACAGCAUACUCAAACAGAAACUGCAGCUGUAGAAUGUUUUAUUUAUUAAUGUUUCCUGUGAAAUGUUAUUUGCACAUAGCACACUAGCAUAUAAUUGAAAGAUGUGUGCCAAACUUGGUUUUUGAUGAUGCUGGGAAGUGGGAAUCAUUUUGCAUUAGUAGACAGUCAUAACAAUGGAUAACCCCAUUUGCAGUCUGGCAAUGGUACACUCAGAAUUCUAAUUACAGUUUCCCAUCUUAUUCUCCUUAAUAUGCAGUAUAUCAGUUGUAUUCAAGAUGGCCAGAUUUAUACCUAUUCAAAUUUUGGUGAAAGUAGUUAACAUACAAAGACAAGUACAGUCCAAGAUGGUUUCAAAAACCAUUAAUAAUAGUUGAGUCACAAGAAAUUUAAGCCAUUUUCUGCCAACAUAAACACUGAAAAAUUUUGUUUAAAAUAUAUAAACUAUUGGAAGAAAAUAAAUAAUUCCAUCAAUUAAAUCUGAUGGACUGUAUGAAAAUUCUUAGUGAGUUUAUAUCACCAUCUAGUGGCAUAAUCUACUAAGAUUUUUCUAAUAGUUGGGAUGGCUUUGAGAAUUUUAAUUACGUUGUUACUCAGCAGAAAUACUUUUCAUUAAGAUGUUUCUAACUAAAUAAAUAGAUUAUGAUUAUUUUUUGUAAAACAUACAUUAUUCUUACUGUGAACUAAGUUGCAUUAUUUUCUGUGAUUUCAUAAGUGAUAUCUUUGUUUCACAGCAAUUUUCAUUGAACAUGUAUUUCAUGCCUGUAACUUGGUUGCUUACAUGACAUUAAAAUUUUUAAGCUACUUCAA